AUGGAGGGGACAGAUGAUAAGCUAAAUCCACUUCCUCCUUACUCCACCCCCCUGCCUCCUUCUCAAGCGCAUCAUGGCGUUCCCCCUGAAGCGGCGCAUGGCCUACCCAACGCGCCGGGAGCAUACAAUCAGUCAUGGUGCCCAUACCAACCUUCAUUGCCCCCUCUCAAGUACCCUGCAAUACCCAAUCGACAGUUGCCUCAGCUACCUCACGAAGGGCCGUACGAUCGGCCAAAUAAUUUGCCUGGUCCCAGUCACAUCCUGACAGAGUCGCAUCCGCCGACUUUUCCUCAUAUAAACAGAGCUCCGCAUUAUUCCAUACCCCCUUCGGCACCCCCUCAUCCGGCUCCUCAUCCGCUUCCUCAACUGACGGCCCCCGAGUUUCGUCCUCAGACUAUAUAUCCCUCUCAAGACCACAGCAGCAAUGGCAAUCCUCCUUCUCCUCCAGCUCAGUCUUCGACAACGAUCUCGCAUAUUUCCCGCACGCCUGCUCACCAGCAUCUAACCUUUGGUAUACAUCAGAGCAAGGCACAUCGCGCUCAGCAGGCGUGCGACCGGUGUAGAGCAAGAAAAGCAAAGUGUGAUAAAGGGCGGCCCUCCUGCGGCCACUGCAAGGAGAACAAUUUGAUAUGUGUCUACAAAGAAGUCCUCCCCCAUAAACAGGAAAAGGCCACCCAGCAGAUCUUGGACAAGAUACAAUGUCUGGAAGAUAAGCUCGACGAGCGUCUGACGCAUUUUCAAACAGUACAGACGGAACAAGGGACGCAGCUAAGUAUGAUUUCUAACGAGGUCGGGAUGAAAGAAACGAAAAUGUUGGCUGUCAAAGAUGCCGCCCGAUCACUGCCACCCAAGCAGACACUUGAUGGAUUGGUGGAAUCAAAUGCUGCUGUCUUUUUGCUUGAGUCAAAAUCAAAGAACGGAGCGGGAAUGCAGCAGUUGGAUUCGGAUGAACCCCCAGGGCAGAGUUAUUUGGAGAGGGAGGAUGGCGAGCUGUCCAUGCCCGUGGAACAUACAACGGCUGCCCACAAGUUGCUCUCCUGGCCGUCGAUUAGGAACUUACUGUAUCCCCGCGAGUACGACGAGGAUUAUGUGAUGAAACUUGAAGAGCAACGUGGCUUGAUUCGCAUCUAUGGUCGUGGUGAGGGCGACGACAUGGGUGAGGAUCGCAUGUCGCCAACCCCGUUAUCAAACCCAAAUUCCAGCAGCGGAUGGGAAGACAGUCACGCUCACCGAGCAGCGCCUAGUAGCCCUUGGGCUCAGAGCGCUCAUCCCAGCGGUUUCCCGCAGAAGCUUCGAGACAAGGGGGUUGACGAGUUUGGUACUCUGUGUGCUGACCCGGACACCAUCCGUCGCUAUCAUCGCAGUUACCUGGAGCACAUACACAAGCUUCAUCCCUUCCUCGACCAGGGCGACCUGGACAAGAAGAUCGAAAUGUUCAUUAAGCUCCAUUGCUUACCGAAGACUGCCGGAUCGACGCCUACAGGGACUGGCGACAUGCUACGAGGCGCAGAAAGAAAAAGGCCACGUGAUACUUUGCAAGGCGCAGCGUGCGAUUUUCCAAUUCCCACUGGUGGUAGGACGGAAGCGACGAGCCGUCGCAUCGAAAGGUCAAUCGAUAAUGCUGUCCUCCUUCUCGUUCUUGCGCUGGGAAGUAUCUGCGAAGUGGGAGCACCGGUCCCCGGUCCUGUCACUGAUAAUUCUCCGGAUUUUCGCAAACAGUGGAUCCCUGGCCCGCCCACACGUAGCGUCCUAUCCCCUGCUGAAUCUGACAUAAUUUUUCCAGUGCACGGGGGCUUCUAUGCACCCCACACUAUCCCGUAUCCCUCACCUGUUGACGAUCGGAGAAGUGUCAGAGGGCCGUCAGCAUCAUUAGGCGGAGACGUACCUGCCAAUCAACAUCUCAGAAACGUCGAUGUCAUUCCCGGUUUAUCUUAUUAUGCAUAUGCGACGCAGAUCCUUGGAGAACUUCAGGGCGCUAAUGGUUUGCCUCAUGUUCAAGCGGCUUUGCUCGCAGGACUCUACGCUGGCCAACUAGCACAUCCUUUCCAGAGUCAUGGAUGGAUAUACCAAGCCGCUCGCGCUUGCCAAGUGCUCGUUCGAUCGAAACGAUAUGACCAAAUGAAGGACGGCCCUCUGAAAGAACUCUACGAUUUCGCAUAUUGGACUUGUCUUCAGCUUGAGAGUGAUAUUCUUGCAGAACUUGAUCUCCCCGCGAGUGGCAUUUCUCGUGCAGAGUCACGUAUAAGCCUACCAAAGGGACGCUUCACACUUCCUUUGCAAAUUGAGAUCUCCGCGCCCAGUACCAUGAUGAUGUUUUUCUAUUCUGCCCAAAUCUACCUCCGGAAAUUCCUUAACCGCGUCCACACCGAUCUGUACAAAGUAGACAGAAACCGAGGCCCUAAUAAGGCCACCAACGCCGCUGGUUCUGCGAGCGCUGUCAAGGCUGCAAUCGCCGCAAUCACAGCUAAUCCUUCCAGUAAUACUACGACGACGACCAGCUCCAGCAACAACCGGUGGACCUCAGACGUGCAGGAAAUUUUUAGCAUGAAUCUCGAACUGUGGCGAAAUAGUCUUCCAGAGAUCAUGAAAUGGAAAGACGCCGAUCCGCCUUCGAACGACAUAAACGUUGCUCGCAUGCGGGCCAAAUAUUACGGCGCGCGAUACAUCAUCCAUCGUCCACUUCUGUAUCAGGCUCUGCAUUUUGCUGGACUCCCCUAUCCUAAUCCGACCUCCGCGUUAGUCGGGUCACCCGCUGGGUCUGUUCUCCCUAGCACGAAAUCUGAGCAGGUUUCGUCCCUAUUACCCCACAGUCAACAGGCUUCAAGCAUGGCGCAUCUGUCAAGCAAUAUAGGCGUACCAGUCCAUACAGCCUCCACUUAUGUCCAAGGAAGCUCGACGGGCAUCAUUGCAUACCGAGAUCUACCUCCUAAGCUACGGCGAGCCUGUAAAGUAUGCAUCGACUCUGCAAUCCUGAGCACAGAGGCCUUUGAUGGAAUCGAAGGUCGUCCGAUCGUGACAAAUAUCUUCGGAACUGCGCAUGCGCAAUUCGGUAACAUGCUCGUGUUGUCUGCGACUUAUAUGUCUUGUCUCUCAGAGCUGGUGGACCGAAAUGUCCUUGAGAAACUUCUUAAGCGAACAAUUAAAUUCCUGUUACAGAGCCGAUAUAUCUCCCCUAGUCUUCGAGCCGAUGCACGGAUACUCACCGAAAUCUAUGAGAAGAUUUUCGGAGAGCCCGCCACGAGUUUUACAUCCGCCUAUAGCUAG